CUAUUUGUGAUUUCGAGACUCGACAGAGUAUUGUUCCCGGAAUAUACUUUGACUGGCAGAAUGUCGCUGGUCGCAAUAGGCGCAUGCUAUUUAGACACAAUCUUAACGACCCCUCAUUAUCCUGGCGAGGAUGAGAAACUUCGAGCUUCCAACAUCUGUCGUCGAAGAGGGGGUAACUGCCCGAAUACACUUGAGGUUCUCCAGCAAUUGGUCGCUCACGGUUCCUCCCCGGCGGAAUUAUCCUUGAACCUGGUAGCAGUUCUGCCCGCACGAUCGUCAGCUGCUUCGCAGCAGAUUCAAGCGGCAUUUGAACCACACGUGCGCAUGGAUCAUUGCAUCUACCGGGAUGAGCUUACAGAGCCUGCCUCAAGUUAUAUCUUCAAAAGUCAGGCAUCGGGAAGCCGGACCAUCGUGAAUUACAAUGAGCUUCCAGAGAUGAACGUUGAUGAAUUCGUCAAGAUUGCCGAGGCCUUGGGUUCAAAUGAUUCAUGGUUCCAUUUCGAGGGAAGGAUACCCGAGGUCACGCUGUCUUGCAUACAUUAUCUGCGGGAACAGUUCCCCGCGGUCAAGAUUAGUGUUGAAGUAGAGAAGCCAGAACGGCCGGGCUUACAGCAGCUCGCGAAGGAAGCCGAUGUUGUUUUCUAUUCAAAAGUUUGGGCUCAGGGAAACGGAUAUCAUUCGGCUGAGCAGUGCAUUCGAGAGCAAUCUUCCCUGACAGGAAAGGCCUCGCUCCUAUGCUGUACAUGGGGUGAGUAUGGAGCAGUAGCACUGGAAACUGCUACCAAAGAGUUAAUUCACCAGCCCGCAUACACCGCGGCAGAUUUCAAAAUCGUCGAUACAAUUGGUGCUGGCGAUAGCUUCAACGCAGGCAUGCUGUACGCGCUGCUUUGCCGGAAAGAUGAGUGGGACCUAUCGCAGAAGCUGGAGUUUGCGAACCGGGUCGCUGGGUUGAAAGUAUCCCAGGAAGGAUUUGCCGGUCUUGGUCGUGCGCUGGAUUGAUUGGCUUGCAUUCGGAAGAUAUUUGCAUCUUCCUGCAGCUGAUCGGCGGAGUGAACGGAAAUCUCUCGAACUAUUAACGGGCCUUCCUAUGCAUUGAAAUAAUCAUAAAGAUGAUUUUUUAAUAUCGUUUCAUGGAGAUGCAGAGUUGGAAUGGAUUCGAGAUAUAGUCUGAGGGAAAGGAUAGUUCUAAUGCUGCGCCUUAGGCUUCAUGCGAAUGAGCUCGAAAUACAAGUUGCGGAUGUUGUCAGCCUCCGUCACUCUGGGUUCUUUUGAGGUCAGAUUGGCAAUUUACGAUGUGAGAGUAAGUUUUGAGUGGUUGUAAUAGGGUUUGCCAUACUGGGGCAUGAGUUGAAGCAUUAACACUAAAGGAUAUGAAG